UACUCGGUCCGAAAAUGAUCGAGGAGACAGCUGAGCAAGUCGAGCUUAUCAGACAGAGACUUAAAACAGUGCAGAGUCGGCAGAAGUCAUCGGCCGACAAGCAUAGACGUGACAUUCAGUUCGAAGUCGGAGAACGAGCUUUUCUCAGAGUUAGCCCAAUUCGCGGAGUUAUUCCAUUUGGGAAGAGAGGGAAGUUACACCCUCAGUUCAUAGGCCCGUUCGAAGUCCUCGAGCGAGUGGGCGAAGUUGCGUAUCGAUUAGCCUUACCUCUCGAGUUAUCCAGUGUUCAUAAUCUCUUUCAUGUAUCUAUGUUGCGUAAAUACGUGUGCGAUCCCGAUCAUGUUAUUCUGCAUACCGAUGUUCAAAUCAAUCCCGAUUUUUUUCCAAGCCUAGGAGAUCCUCGUAUAGUCGACGAAUGGGUCCAGGGCCUUGAAAUGAUCUUCGAGGUCAUGGACUGUCCUGACCAUUAUCGGGUCAUAUGUGCACAAAUCCAGUUGACCGGUGAUGCCCGACUCUGGUGGAAUGCCCAUUGGAGUAUGCGUCCCGGCAAGAAAGAAGGCUGUACAUGGGACCAAUUCAAGGAGUUGAUCCGCGGGAAGUACUAUCCUUCGUACUACCGAGCAGAUAUGGAGCGCCAGUUCCUAGCACUCAGACAGGGUACUCGUUCUGUCAACGAGUACGAAAAAGAGUUUACUCGACUCGGAUCCUUU